AUGCCUCCCGUUGCAGCUGCAGGCGGCAUGUCAGGUCCAUCGACCUUUGACAAAGCAAAGAUGGGAGCCAUGAUGGGCGGCACCGUCGGGCUCUGUAUUGGCUUCAUAUUCGGCGCGACAAAUAUCAUUCGCUACGGCCCGGGACCAAACGGCAUGAUGCGAACUCUGGGACAGUACAUGCUUGGCUCUGCGGCUACAUUCGGGUUCUUCAUGUCCAUCGGAACGACGAUUCGCACAGAGAGCUCUCCCAUCAUGACAGAAGCCUUCCGCAAGGCGCAUGCGCGGCAUGGACCUCCAAUGAUGUUGCCAUAUGACCGAGCGCAGAGGAGGAGGGCGAGGCCAGAAGAGUCAUAA